UUUCUGAUCACAGGCAUGCCUUCUUCUGCAGGUGAAUACUCCGUAAAGUGUUAUUUAGCUACAUUUAUUUAGCCAAAUUAUCCUCCAAAACAAGUGCAUGUAGAUAUUGGGCCUCCUGACUCCUUAUCGAAAUAAUAAAACCGGCAAGCUGGUUGUUUGUUUAUAGGUAAUGUCAAUUAAAGUCUCUAGCUAGCUAAUUAGUUUGAAGCUCAUUUCUUAGUGUCCCUGACUUCACUUGACUGUUUUUUUUUUCAACACAGACAUGAGACAGCACAUCUGACAGUGUACAGUAGUAGUAUAUUGUUACUAAUUAUGAGCUCCCUCCUGAUAUUAAAAACAAGAAUAUGUCUGAAAUACAUUAGCCCACUCUUUAAUCCAAGCACUGCUGGCUUUACUCCCCUGAAUAAUGUGAUUAGCAAGCUAUCAGUUAGUUCCAGACUUUUAUGCACUAAAGGAGGGAGUAGACAUGCAGGUAACAACAGGAAAGAGGACAGACAGAGGGAAUUCAAUAUCAGAGAGAGGCUCCCUUUUCCCAAGUCAGUGUUUGCUGCAGGGACAGCCAAGAGAACUGCUGAAUACCAAAAGAAGAGGGCUGAGGAGGAACCAAACUUCCCCAGAAAGAACAAGAGAGUGGAACCCCCAGACCACCCUCUCACUGCCUCAGAGUGGAAGAGCCUAAAAUUGAUUUCACCGAAUCCUGAUCGCUUUGAUGUCCGGAUGAUGUCAUCAAUGCUGGCUGAUGGGACAGACAUCAACGUGGCCAAGUCCCUGCUGGCCUAUGUUGCCAUGGAUACCGGUACGCUGUCUUACGAGCUGCUACUGCGGUACCUCACCCUGUGUGUCGGCAGCGGCCACCACUCUGAGGUGUUUGACAUGUAUGAUAUCAUGAGGAGCCGGUUCAGGACAUUAGACACUGGAGCCUCCAGCCUGUUCAUAAAGGGCUUCAGCAGGACAGAACGCUGGAAGGAGGCGCUGACCAUCCUGGAGAACAUCAAGAGGGCCAUCACGCCAUCACCGCGUAACUACGGCGAUACCAUCGCUGGGGCGGUGCUGCAUGGUGACGGUGACACUGCCUGGGCCCUGUAUGCUGAGCUGAUGGAGAAGGGCCUCAUUCCCAACCAGGAGACAUGGCAGGCCCUGUUCCAGUGUGGUCUCUCUCAUCAGGGCCACGAGGACGGGCUGCAGUCCAUCCUCCUCCAUAUGAGGGACAACCAAAUCUAUCCCGAGGAGACUCUGGCUAAAGAUAUCAAAGCUUGGUUUGAGAGUCUUCCAGAACAGAAGUGGAUUGGCAGCUGGUCCCCCGUAGACCCCAGGGGAGUGUGUCGGAGCUGCCAGGCAGAGCUGGAGUCCAUCCAGCUGAGUCGGGAGGAGUACGCCCAGCUCAAAGACAGGGUGAUGGGGGACGUGAUCCAAGGCAGAGACAUCUUCAAUAAGACCACUCCAGAGGAGCUGGAGAGCUUCAAGAACUUUGUCAAGCGGAAGCCGGCCUUUGACGUGGUCAUAGAUGGACUCAACGUGGCCAACAUUGGCAUCAAAGGGAACCAGUCGCAGACGCUCCUGGAGGUGGUGUCGGAGCUUGAGCGCCAGGGCCUGGUCAUCCUGGUCCUGGGGAGGAAGCACAUGCAGCGGCCCUCACGCAGCUGGGACAGACAUGACAUGAGCUUGGUCCAGCAGAAGGCCCACUGCUUCUUCACUGACAACAUUUCUGAGGAUGACCCUUUCCUGCUGUAUGCCACACUGCACUCUGGGAACCACUGCAACUUUGUUAGCCGGGACCUGAUGAGGGACCACAAGGCCUGCCUGCCAGACGGUGCCACCCGACGCCUCUUCUUCAAGUGGCAGAGAGGCCACCAGCUGGUGCUGAGCAGCUACACCCCAGGAAAGAGAGUACGAUUCCAGAGGAUAUUAAGUUAUGACACCAUUGUCCAGACAAAUGGAGGCUCCUGGCACAUCCCCUAUGAUGAGAAUGGGGCAGAGAGAUGCACUUAUGAAGUUCCACAGAAGUGGCUGUGUCUUACCAAGGCAAAAUAAGGACCCACUUAGAACUGUUUGAUCUUCACAAACCUGUCAAUACAGUGUUCGUUAAUGAAACUAUAGCAUGUGGAAAAGAAUAAAAGACUGAAAAAAAA